AUGGCGCUGUAUGGAACUUCUGAUGCUUUGAUGUGCAGAGCGUUUCCUACCACUCUGAGAGGGCCGGCCCACACGUGGUACAACGGCCUGAAGAUCGGGACGAUCGCCUCUUUUGACCAGCUCGUCAAGGACUUCGAACUCAACUUCUUGGCUUAUGCCCGGCCGAAACAUUCCGUUGCACUACUCCUCAGACUCAACCAGAGGGAGGACGAGCCCCUCUCCCAUUUUGUGAAUCGUUUUGCAACACAAAUCCGGGGAUUACCGGACGCUCACCCCUCUCUAUUUAUGCAUGCGUUUAUGAUAGGCCUGUGA